ACUCUAUUUCUUCCUGUUACUUUCAAUCAACCCGGCCUGGUUAACGACAGGCUUUCCCAAAGGGUUCCGAGAAGGAAAAAUCAGUUUACACCACCUCCUCCGCAUAUUCUUUUUAACCAAGGGAAUAUAUCAGUCAACAACGACAAUGGAAGACGACAUUGUUUCUUAUGAUUUCGAUGCUCCUAAAUUUUAUGAUUUCCAGCAUCCAGAACGAUCUUUGGCUCUAUGGAAUGAUUCAUGGUUUGCGACGCACACUCCUGAAAUAUUACAAACACGUACCAAUCGUUUACGCUUACGGGGCCGUCGACCAGUGCUGCCACCACCAUUCAGGCCCACUCCUAAGAAAGGAACAAUACCGCCCUUGCCAACAACUGUGAAUAAAAAAGCACCAACGGCAGUAGCAGCAGCAGUACAACGACCCAACACGACCACAGCUGCUACCACUACUGUUCCAUCAGCCGCGACGCAUACUCGACGAGACAUAUUUAGCGCACUUGUUGCUUCUUCAAAAACCACAGCACCAUCAUCAAAAACAGCAGGACGCCAACAAAACGAAAAGCAGCAGCGUCAUCAUCAUGUUCCUGCUAAAACAACAAAGACCUCACAAAGCGUAACUACCACUACUGGUGGUGGUAGUGGUGGUGGUAAUACAGCAAGAUUCGCUCGACCAACAGCGGCAUCUAUCAGCAAAUCGCGUAUUGUCUCUGAACGACGUGAUGUGGCUACUGAACUCAAGCGUAUCACGGAAAGAUUUAUUGAAAGAAAACCGUCGCAAAGUGGACCCGUCGUAACACCGAUUGAUAAGCAAAAAGAAGCCUCAAUGACAAGUAUGAGCGGUGGUAAAGAUAAUAAUCGAGACGAGAAUAACAAAGAGAACGUUCCUCCGCAUGAACGAUCGCGUUUGGCAGUACAACACCAACAGCCUGCGAAGCAGCAACAAGAAGAGCAGGGAUUCGAAGAACAGACACGGGAAGAGCAGCGGCCGCCGCAUAAAGCACAACAGAAACGACGACGAGUAAUACCAACGCUUCCUUCUGAACGUCAAUAUUUGGCCCAGCAGAUGCCCACAGAAAGAGCUCCCAGGGACGAGGAAGAACAAGAGCUGUUACAAAAGGAUGUUGAAUUGGCUAUGCGGCAUGAAGAUCCUUUUGAUGGGUUACGAGAUACGAAUGAAACAACAAUGUCAAAUGCAGGCAAUGGACGAUCGUUAUACGACGAAUUGGCCGCGGGUGAUAACGAGCAGCAACAGCAACAUCGCUCACAAGACAAGUACGGUGAUACCAGUAUGUCAAACAUUGAAGAACAUGAAGAAUUGGACGAUAUGUGGCUACAAGAGGCGACGCAGGAUUCGACCAUGGCUAGUUGGUAUAGGAACAAAUCGUUGCGCCAAGAAGGAAACGAUAACGUUUCUGCGACGCGUAUGAAUGAGGAAGACUUACCUGUACCAAGGAAACCCAUGCACAAUGUAACUGAGACGUCGCCAGUACAACACCGUGGUACUUAUGCCGCCCAUGAGGAUAAUGAGGAGCGAUUUUAUCAUCAAGACAACAACAAUGAUGAUGAAAAUCGGGUACGGAUGGAUGAGGACACUACUGCUGGUAUGGACAACGUAGAACAAGAGUCUCAUCAAGGCGAGAUCAUCACCACACCAAAUAUCCAUCAAAAUUUGGCUCGACAACGUCAUGAUCAACCAUUACCAACCACCACCAAUUCUCACACAAGAGAUGAUGAUCAAGAAGAAGUAGAACCAACGGACGAUCAACAGGGUGAAAAAAGAAUGCAACGCUGGCUCGACAAUCUGCCUCCCACUCGUCAUAGCACCACUACCAACACCUUGCUUAAAAGCAAUGUACCUUCAACAUCUCGCUCUUCUAAAAUACCCACAAUGGAAACACAACCCACUUCUUCAAGCAUCUAUGAUACUCCUGAACAAUUCCGCUACGGAACACCACAUUCGCCACUCAGACCAUCGUUAUCUUACUUACCAUCAUCACCCUUGCCGCUUUAUAAUGACACCAGUCGGUUGUCAACCAUUCUAGCAACAGCAACAGCAGACGCAGACCGUUCAUCAUUAUCACUGACGAACACGAUGCCAGAAACUAUUACCACUACUACGCCUAAUAUCACCGGCAGCUUUGAUGCAUUGUUUCAGCGUUUGGCUACCAUUCGAUCCAGCCUACUUGAUGUGGCCCAAACAUCGGCUAUCAAGCCUGCUGAAUCUGAUUUGAUCCGCAACAUGAAAAGACUUGAAGGAUUAGUUGGUAGUAGUUAUGAUGGUACAAGCAACCAACAACAACCUUCACCGGCAUCAUCGGAUGUUGCGAUAAUUGAACAAAGGAUCGCUCGAGCGACUCAUGUGAUUGAACAGUCCAAGCGGGAUAGUCAGCAAUGGUUUGUCAAGGACGCUAGGAAGCAUACCCCACCGCUAUUGCCACGAUCCUCGGUAACUACUACUGAAAGCAACAACAAGAGGAAGCGAAAGAGCCUCAUCCAUGAUCAACAAGAAGAACGACCUGCUAAAAGUUAUAAAACGCUCAGCACUAACUCAUCCCUUAUGGCACACAAGACUACUACAACGCGAAGAGAUAGUAUGCAACACAGCGUAUCUGUAGCGGAACGAGUAGAAAGGCUGAAACAAUCUGCAUCACGUCGAGCGUCCAGAGCUUCUGUAAUCCCAUACUACUUACCUAUUGAGCCUACUAGGCCAAAAAGCCCAACAUUUGCUACUGACGCAAGAUCGAAAUCAUCAUCACGUAGCUUUCAUUACUAAAUUUGUACGUCAUUUAAAAUACUCUCCCAUAUUUACCCUAAUCUUCUCAUCCCAUUGUAUUUUUCUUCUUCCCUGGUGUUUUUUCAUCACUGUUCUUACUAUUACCGCCAUAUUUCUUAUAUAUAUACGUUUAUUCAUUCAGUUCAUGUCCACUCACACACCCUCUCUCGCUUUUCUACCGUCACAUCCAUGAUAUGCUUAUACCCUUCUCCCACGCCCAUUCAUCUAUCCACCAUCCAUCGUCACAUAUUUGUUUUUCUUCCAAAGUAUUGUAGUAAAAGAACAUAAAGUAAACUCUUCCUGUUUGGAUUUAGCGAAAAAUUAUAAAA